AUGUGGAAGCAGGGACACGGUGACGCAACCGCAAUCAUCUGGGAGGGCAACAGUCCCGACGAGGAUAAAACCUUCACCUACAGCGAGUUGUUGGCGCAGGUCAAACGCUUUGCCAAUGUCCUCAAGGCGCAAGGCAUCCGUAAGGGCGACCGCGUCUGUAUCUAUCUCCAGAUGGUCCCAGAGUUGACGAUUGCCAUGUUAGCAUGUGCGCGUAUCGGUGCCGUCCAUUCCGUUGUGUUCGGCGCAUUUUCAGCCGAUUCUCUACGCGACCGCAUCAAUGACUCCGAGUGCAAGUUGCUAAUUACGCAAGACACCGCAUUCCGUGGAGACCGCAGCGGCAUCCCGAUGAAAGCCAACGGCGACGCAGCUGUGGCAAAAUGCCCCUCGAUUACAGGCGUUAUCGUUGUCCGUCGCACCGGCGACUCCGUUGAUUUCGAUGAAUCACGAGACGUAUGGUGGCACGAAGCGAUGGCAACCGCCGACGAUGAGUGCCCGCCGGAGGAGAUGGACGCCGAAGAUCCGCUAUUUAUCCUGUAUACUUCCGGUUCAACCGGUCAACCCAAAGGCGUGCUUCACACAACCGGCGGCUAUCUCGUCUAUACAUCGUUCACCCACGAGAUAGUUUUCGACUAUCACGAAGGCGAUGUUUAUUUCUGUGCUGCUGACAUCGGUUGGAUCACAGGACACUCUUAUAUUGUGUACGGUCCCCUUUCAAACCGCGCUAUUACCCUCAUGUUUGAAAGUAUCCCAACAUACCCUGAUUUCGGGCGUUACUGGCAGGUAAUCGACAAGCACCAAGUCAAUCUCUUCUACACUGCACCAACCGCUUUACGUGCCUUGAUGAAAGAGGGAAAUGACUGGGUUACGCAACAUAGCCGAUCCACCCUGAGACUGCUUGGCACCGUCGGUGAGCCAAUCAAAGAACCUGAAUGGCUCUGGUAUUACAACAUCGUCGGAGAUGGGCGAUGCCCAAUUGUCGAUACAUGGUGGCAAACAGAGACCGGCGGUAUCUUGAUGACGCCGUUACCGGGAGCGACACCGCUUAAACCCGGUUCCGCAACGCUCCCCUUCUUCGGAAUUGAACCGGUCAUCUUGGAUGAAGAAGGCAAAGAGGUUGAGGGCAACCCAGCACGCGGAUACCUAUGUAUCAAAACCGCUUGGCCCGGCGUGAUGCGAACCGUCUACGGGAACCACGAACGCUUCCGCGAAACCUAUUUCGAUCGAUUCCCCGGCUACUACAUGACCGGCGAUGGUACAUUGCGAGACGAAGACGGUUAUUACUGGAUCACCGGGCGUGUUGACGAUGUGCUGAAUAUCUCCGGACACCGUUUGGGAACAGCUGAAGUCGAAGGGGCAAUCGGGCAGCACGAAACGGUCGCUGAAGCAGCCGUUGUCGGCUACCCACAUGAGAUUAAGGGACAGGGUAUCUACGCCUACGUCACACUGAUGAGCGGCGUAUCUCCCUCAGAUGACAUCGAGACCGGCAUCAAGGGUGUGGUACGCCAGUAUAUCGGACCCCAUGCGACGCCGGACAAGAUUCAGUUUGCACCCGCACUUCCCCAAAACCCGCUCCGGCAAAAUUAUGCGGCGCAUCCUUCGCUCGUCGAUGGGCGGAAGUAG